AUGGGAAAUGGCUAUUACCACUUGGUGGCCACUCUGUUGCUGGUCAUGAAUCCUGAGAGGACGAAAUCAAUGCAGGAUUCCUGCAGUAAUUGCCCGGCUGGUACCUUCUGUGGGAAGAACAACAAUUCGAUUUGCAUCCCCUGCCCUUCAAAUAGUUUCUCCAGCACGAGUGGACAGAGGCACUGCAACAUAUGCAAGCAAUGUGUAGGUGUUUUCAGGAUCAGGAAGGCGUGCUCCACCACCAGCAACGCUGAGUGUGUCUGCAUCUCAGGAUACCACUGCUUGGAGGCAGGAUGCACCAUGUGUGCAAAGGAUUGUGAACAAGGACAAGAAUUAACCACAGAGGGUUGUAAAGACUGUCGCUUUGGGACAUUUAAUGAUGAGAAACAUGGCAUCUGUCAGCCCUGGACAAACUGCUCUUUGGAUGGCAAGUAUGUGCUUGUGCAUGGGACCAAGAAGAGUGACGUGGUUUGUGGACCAGUCCCGGCCGACUUCACUCCAGGUAUAUCCUCUGCGACCACGCCUGCCCCUGCCACCGAGCCAGGCUUCUCUCCACAGAUCCUCACCUUCUUUCUUGCGCUGACGUCUGCCACGUUGCUGUUCCUGCUGUUCUUCCUGAUGUUCCGUUUCUCUGUUGUUGGACGCGGCAGAGAGAAACUCCUGUAUAUAUUCAAACAACCAUUUCUAAGGCCAGUACAAACUGUCCAAGAGGAAGAUGCCUGUAGCUGCCGAUUUCCAGAAGAAGAAGAAGGAGGAUGUGAGCUGUGA